CUAACCCCCUCGCACCACAGCCAAAAUGACGAAGGGAACGUCCAGCUUCGGAAAGCGCCACAACAAGUCGCACGUUCUGUGCAGACGCUGUGGCCGCCGCUCUAUGCACGUCCAGAAGCACACCUGCGCCAACUGCGGAUACCCAAGCGCCGGCAUUAGAAAGUACAACUGGGGCGAGAAGGCCAAGCGAAGAAAGACCACCGGUUCCGGACGCAUGCGAUCGCUCAAGCUCGUCCCACGCAAGUUCAAGAACGGUUUCCAGCUCGGUACGCCAAAGGGUGCUCGCGGCCCAGCCAACCAGUAGAUCAGUCGACCUUCGAGACGGGGACAACUGCGUGCAUGGUGAUGAUUGAGGAAGCAUGAGCUGGGUUGCUCGGAGUUCGGCGGACACAACGGUUUCAUGACGGACUUUCUUGCUGCGAAAGAACAACAGCCGAAGGGCAGGAUGUGGUGCAGAAUUACAACUGCGCCUGACCCGGGCAAUGUUUGAUGGCGGAGUAGUGUAGCGCAGACAUGCUAGAGGGCUAUGCGAAAAGCUGAAAAUGAGCGAUAUGAACCCAGUUGCACGUCUCUCGUUCCUG